AUGGCAGAUGGUGGCAGUAUGCAGCCCAACAGCAAACAAUCUCAACCCAGCUCAGCUCCAGCUCAACCGCAGAAUUCUGGUGCGGAAGACGAUGCCAAGGGAAAGAAGCCAGCAGUCAAAAAGAGGACCAAAACAGGAUGCCUGACUUGCCGAAAGAGGCGAAUCAAGUGCGACGAAACCAAGCCAAGAUGCAAGAACUGUAUCAAGUCCAAACGUCCAUGUGAAGGAUAUACGCAGCGUGUUGUCUUCAAGGACCCUGCGAAUCUAGGUACAACUCAUGGCCACUUUGGACCUGCCAUCUAUCCGCCUGGUACUCGACACCAAGGCGCAUCCGUCGGACUUCACUCAAAUCAGGCCAGCUCUCAAAAUUCUCUGCAGCCGAUUGCACCGAGACCGGCGAUUUUCAAUGGCAGUCACAGGCAACCUGUGUCGUUUGCCCAAGCUCACUCGAGCCACAGUUCGCUAUCAAACUAUCCUCCAAUCCCAAACCCUCUGCUAGGACCGGACGCUGCUCACCUCACCCACAGUUAUUAUAUGGCAUCUAGUCAUGGCGAGAUUCCACCCGAUGCUCUCGGUCAAGAGCAAACCUCGAGAGUGGAACAGCUUGGUGCCCCCUUUGAACAGGACCUGCCCCCCAGCCAGGGUUAUGGACCGCCUGACCGGACCCAGUAUGGACAUGGAGUUAUAGAAGAUGAGGUUGCCAUGGACGAAUCUGACGAUGAAAACCCCGACCCACAGUCCCUUGUUGUGCGAGAUUAUAGAGACGUCUUGAAACCGUACGCCAGAGGAGGUACCGAAGUCAGAACCUUUUCGGCAUUUGCACAAAACUAUGCCCUAUCGGAGUACAUGGACUAUGUUCAUUCCUCCGAGUUGCGGCGGCAUGACAUGCAAACUAUCUUCCGGCAUUUUGUCAGUGUCACCGGUCCUACCAUGUCACUGUACGAGAGAGAUCCAACCUCGCUCACUUCUGGAGCGCGAUUCGAUGGCGACGCUACUCUAGAUAACAACUUGUGGAGCCAUACGUUUCCUUUACUGUCCUUCCAUCAUCCUGGUCUAUUCCACGCCAUCAUGGCCAUUGCAAGUUUACAAAUUGCAAAUCUCCAAAACACUCCGGCCACAGCAGCGUUAAGGCACUACCACAUUUCUCUUCGUCGAAAUGCGAGGAACGUCAGCAGCCCACAGAUAAACACUAAGCCGACUACCGUGGCAACCACGUUGCUGUUGGCUUACUUUGAGGUUUGGUCAUCGGAUCAUACCAAGUGGUGUAACCAUCUUCUUGGCGGAAGGCUUUUGUUUCGACAAAUACCUCUCCGACAAAUGUCGCGCAUUUGUCUUCCAGUCAAGCGAAUGAGGCACUUUCCAAGCCCACUCUCAGCGACACCCUCCAUUGGACCGCGGAGGGAUCCCGCUGACCUUGAUUAUGGGCUCCUGAGCACCAUUACCGGCCGUCGUGUCACGGCCGAGGACUACGGACUUCAAGAAGGCCAACUCCUGGACGAGGAGUGCCUAUGGACCACCGACAAAGACAUAGAGACUUACGAUACGCUGCGAGACCUCUUUUGGUGGUACGCCAAAAUGGAUGUGUACCAAAGCAUGCUUGGUGGGACUAAACUAUUUAUGGAGUAUGAACACUGGACACAAUGCCCUCCGCGAGCUCCCGUGUCCAGCACUAACUCCAUCUUUGGGACUUAUGAUCAUCUUAUUCUACUCCUUGGUCGUCUGGCGAGCUUUACAUCAAAAGACUUGUCGAGAAAAAGAAAGGUAUUUCGAGCAAAAGGUGGUGGAUCCUUUAGGGGAGGAUCAUCUCCAUCCCAGUUUCCUGGAAUUGUACCUACUUUGGGGAAAUUUCACGCCCCAAUAGGGUUUUCGGCACAAUCGUCCUAUUCAGAUGAUUCUGAUUCCCCAGGUGAUACAGCAACUCCUGAAAGCAACGAGCUGGCUGAGCAGGAAUGGGAGAGUAUUCGCCAGGCAUUCGAGACGUUUGAGAGCCGUCUCGACGCCCGUUUUAAGCCGUUGAACAGCGAAUAUGCCGAUCACAAAGACACACCCUUUGGUACAGCACUCCAUUACCGCACCUAUUCGGUUGCAGGCAUUUGGAUGAAUUACUACAUGGGUCUUAUUCACUUGUACCGAAGUCGGCCCAACAUGCCGCCAGCGGCCAUGCAGGCUGCAGGAAUGGCGGCGCCGUCUACUGCCGGGUAUGCAAUCCAAAUUGGCCGUAUCGCGGCCGGGCUCACGGACAACUGUUCUACAAAGAAAGAUAUUAGCACGACGCUAGCGGCUGCUCUCAUUGAGAGCAGCUUCUGCCUCUUUGUGGCAGCAGUACAGUUGCAAGAUAACAAUCAGCGCUGCUGGGUUAUCCAGCGUGUUUUUGAUAUUGCUCGACUGACUGGGUGGCAAACCGCUAGAAAAAUUGCCAUUGGAUGUGAGUCGGCAUGGAUCAAGGUCGCGCAGUUGGGCCAUGGGCCAGAGUAUAAGAGGCCGCAACACUUGGAAGAGGUGCCCGUAUCUAUAUGGAUGAAUCCUCGCAAACUGGACCAGAGGAUCCAGGAUAUGCAAAACACCACGGAAACGAGACUAGUGCUCCAUCGGUCUGAGCAAACCAAUCUAGCUCUAGGCUUGCUCGGGGUAGAGACAGACUUGGAGGUGCUAGAUCUAAGGGAGGACAGGUAA